CCACAUUUUUACCCGCCAAUGUCCUCCCGAAGUAAAGAAAAAAGCACCGGAAAGAAAUUACAACCAUGUCAACCACGUGAUUUCGGAUCCAUUAUUCGACCCGUUAAGAACCAGGACUAACCAACCAUUCAAUUCAUGUUCGGCCCAAACGGUUCGGAUGUUUUCGUGCGCGAGCCACAUGUGUUCCCCUCGUGAGUCAACGGAACCGUUUCUCGCACUUGAUCACUGCGGCACGCACCAAGAAAAUUGCAGGCGUCACCGCGAUUCAUUUUCCCAGAAAAUAAGUUUAAAAUUUCUAGGCAGUCCCACUUUCUCGCGAAAACGAUUUCUCUGGCUUUCCUGUUAUCUUCUUAGCAAGCUCACUUCCAUAGUUCCAUAGCACUUCAAUGGUUUAAUAAUUGGUAUUCUUAACAGAGGAUUAACAUCGAUCAUCUCCGGUUAAAUGAAGCACCACAUGGUUGCUAAGGUUGUGAACUGAGGUCUAUACAUAUAGUCAGUGAAAUUUCGAAAUUGUAUUUACUAAUACAAUGGACAGGUCUGAUAAGUAUACAAAAACUUGUGAUAUUGGGGGUACUUCCAAAGGAUUUCGUACCAAAUUGGGGCACGAUGAGCAAUCAAAUUAUCUUGAUCAUGAAAUUGUUCAACUCACAAAGCUUAGGUCUGGACCCAAUGAACGUUUGAGUCGGGUGGUAACCAGCAAGUUGAGUUUACCUGUUUCACCGGUGAAAAUGUUGGCCGGUCGAGAGGGUAACUAUUCGGGGAGGGGGAGAUUCUCGUCCGCUGAUAGUUGUCAUGUUUUAAGCCGGUAUUUGCCCUGCAGUUGUCCUUCAAGGAUUGAUCAGAUGGACUGUGCUUAUGUUUCACAGUUUUCCGCGGAUGGUUCUCUCCUUGUUGCUGGGUUUAAGGAAAGUCGUAUUAAGGUAUAUAAUGUGGACAAUGGAUGGAAAGUCCAGAAGGACAUUCAAGCCAGAAGCUUGGGAUGGACGAUUACCGAUUCAUCUCUUUCACCAGAUCAGCGUUUCCUUGUUUAUGCCAGUAUUUCACCUAUUGUCCAUAUUGUUAACAUUGGAUCUGCUGCAACAGAAUCUGUUGCAAACAUUACGGAAAUUCAUGAGGGUCUGGUUUUCGCUGAUGAUGAUGAUGGUGACUAUGCUUUUGGAAUCUUCUCUGUAAAAUUUUCAACUGAUGGGCGAGAGAUUGUAGCUGGUUGUAAUGAUAAUUCAAUAUGUGUUUAUGAUCUCAAAGCAAAUAAGAUUACCCUCCGUAUUCCAGCACAUGCGUCUGAUGUUAAUGCUGUGUGCUUUGCUGAUGAAAGUGGCCAUCUCAUAUUUUCUGGGAGUGAUGAUAACCUCUGUAAGGUAUGGGACAGGCGUUGCUUUACAAGGGGACAAGAAGCUGGCAUUCUAGCAGGACAUCUGGAAGGCAUUACAUUCAUUGACAGUCGCGGAGAUGGGCGGUAUUUGAUCUCAAAUGGAAAAGAUCAGGCCAUCAAACUUUGGGAUAUUCGUAAAAUGUCUUCUAAUGUCCCUCGCAGUAUAAGGCAAAGAGAUCCUGAUUGGGAUUACAGAUGGACGCGGUACCCAAAUGAUGCAAGAAAUUUGAGACAUCCACAUGAUCAAUCAUUGACUACAUAUAAAGGACAUGAAGUCUUGCAAACUCUCAUACGCUGUUAUUUCUCCCCAGCAUAUAGCACCGGCCAGAAGUACAUCUACACUGGAUCUAGUGAUGGUUCUGUUUAUAUCUAUGAUCUGGUGACUGGCGAGAAAGUUGCAAGCCUCAAAUACCAUGAAGAUAAUGUAAGAGAUUGUAAUUGGCACCCAUUCUACCCUAUGAUUAUCAGCUCUUCUUGGGAUGGUGCCAUUGUGAAAUGGGAAUUUCUAGGGAAUGGCGAAGCACCAACAUCAGUUCCCUUGAAACGGGGUAGAAGGCGGAGGAGACAGUUCUACUGAAUGGAUGAUGGUUUCAAAUGAGUUGUUUUGGGUGUUUUAAUUAGUAUAUUGCAUUCAUAUGACUUUCGUUACUUCUUCCACAGCUUUUGGAAUAUGUGUAAUCCAUAUGGCUAAAAUGUAAUUAUGUCGGCUAGGUCAUCGUCGUUUUGCUUUUUUGUAUCGUUUUUUCCCUUUUCAAAAUUGUCAUGGAUGCACUUUCCUCUGAUAGUAUCUCUGCAGUUUGCAAAAAAAAAAAUUCCGAAGGGGUUAAAUAUGGUUCCCUUGUAUCCCAUCUAUGAUUCAACACAUUCAGUUCACUUGUGCCAUUAUACUGCAUUUGCUUGUUCAUUGUCUCCAAUAUUCACAUUUUUCGGUGCAAUGACAAGAACUCAGAUUUGAUGCACAAGAAGGCAGAUUCGUCUAUCGUUCAAAAGAUUUGAGUUCUGCCAAAAGAAAAAUACCUUUGCUGGGGACUGCGAGAGUUUAUAAACCGAAUCUUCUGUAGCUCAAAUGGAUGAUUUUAUCUGCCUCGGAAUUUAGCAUUUGCUACUGGAAAUGCAUCUGAACUGUCGUUGCCGUGUAAUGUGACAUCAAUAGAUCUACUUUUAAGUCUGAUCUUAAAUAGUCGAAAACCUGCAGUGUGUUUCCAGUGACUCGAGCAUGCAGUGUGUUUCCAGUGACAUUGGAAUAUUGUUUGGUGGUUGAACAGAUGACAUAGCUAUAUUUCUAUUUCUCUAUGACAUGGCUUGUUAUACAGACAAAUUUGUGGAUGAAUAGUUUAUAAUUAUUGUUUAGGUAUGAAGAAAUGAAAAUUUAAAGGUAGGAAUAAUGGUAGACAUUCUCUUUGACGAUAGAAGAAAAAAAAACUAAAUAUGUUCCUUGAUUUAUUAUUGAGUAGGAAGGACAAAAAUGAAGAAGAAAUUUUUUUA